AUGUCUGAGUAUUCUAACAAGAAGACUCGUGGUGCCUUCGUUGCUGCAGUGUUUGCCAUGCAGGGUUUUGGCAUUUUGGCAGGUGAUAUAUUUGCAAUUAUAAUUUCAACUGCAUUAAAAAACAGGUUUGAUGCACCACCAUAUGAGGUUGAUCCGGUUGGCUCAACAGUCCCGAAACGUGACUACAUUUUAGAGAGAAUUUUUGAAGCCCAAAUCUAUGUAUAUGGGCCUAUUGCUCUUAAGGCCUUCUAUCUUCCAUGGGCAAUGCUUGCUUUGGAUGUCAUUUAUGGCUAA